AUGUCAAGAAUAAUGAGUAAUGAUGUAAUAAAUAAUGCAGGAACUCAUGAUAAUCCAACAACAUUACAAUGGUGGACAGAAAAAGCAUCGGAAAAAGAAAAAUGUCAAUUUAUUGAAUAUAUUCAUCGGCCAAUAGAAGGUGAUAAAGAAUUAAUUAAUGAUUUAAAACUUGAAAAACAUGUUGAUAAAUAUAUUUGUUGGUAUUUCAUACAAGUUCUUUUACAAUCAGCUUCAAAUGGCGCAAUUAUUCAAAUGCAAGAUCUUUUAAAUAUUUCAACAAGAAUGAAUGAACCAGGAACAGCAUCCGAUGUUGAAUAUGAUGGUCCACAAAAUUGGUCAUGGCGUUUCGAAUGGUCUCAAUUGACAUCAGAUAUUCGAAUGCGAUUAAAAAGAUUAACACAUAUGUAUGGGCGUGAUGUAAAAUAUGAUAAAGCCAUUCCAUCAGAAGAUAUGCCUAUGAAAAAUGAUGCGAGAUGUACUCUACAAUAA